GCUGCUGGGCUGCUAGGCUCCGCUCUGUGUAGAGAUAGGGGGAGUGCUUGGGGGGCUUUUGUUCUUCAGUGAGUGGGGCAAAAAAGAAGAGGGCAGGUGUGGAAAUAGGUGCUAGCGAGAUAUCAAGAAGAGUUGAGGGGCAAAAGGCGUUACGUUUUUAUUGGGUUGGGUUUUAUUGGUGAGUUUUGUGGAAGAGAGAAAGUACAGAGAAUACAGAGGAGGAGGAGAAAAGGAGAGGGGGAACAAAAGUCUGGAGGGAGAAACAAUAAAGGAGAAGAGGCUGAUCUGCUGCUGCUGCUGCUGCUGUUCUCCUCCGCCUCCUCCAGUCUGAUCACACACAGCCAGGCCAGCAGAUCUGAUCUGACCCGCUGAUCUGAUGCAGAUCUGAUGAAUGAUGAAGCCGCGCUGAUACGGAGCUUCACUGCCACUAAAGGAGGCAAACAAAUGAAAGAAGAUCAGCGGAAGAGAUGUGGAGCUAAACCUGCAGAUCUCCCCCAUCAGCAGCGCGUGAAGGAGCAGAGGAGAAGCCCCCCAGACUACACGGAAAGGAAUGCAUGCCAAUGCUCACAGAUAGCUGCAUACGGAGCAUGGAGGUGAAAGGCCAGCUCAGACACAGAGACGCCUCUCUCAGGCAGUGCCCGGUGGCUCCCCUAUGAACGAUGGCCAGGCAGAACCCCUCCCUGUUCAGGUAUGGCUUCGACCUGGGCGGACACUUCCAGGACCUGCGGCCUCUGGGCACGGGCGUUUCCGGCCUGGUCCUGUCGGCGCUGGACCGGCGCAGUGGGCAGCGGGUGGCCGUGAAGAAGCUGGUGCUGCAGGACGCGGUCAGUCUGAAGCACGCUCUGCGAGAGGUGAAGAUCACACGGAGGAUCCAGCAUGAGAACGUGGUGAGAGUGUACGAGGUGCUGGGGCCGUACGGCCGGCCGCUGCCCCGCGACCUCUCCCAGCUCACGGCUCUGUACAUAGUGCAGGAGCUGAUGGAGACCGACCUGAGCCGCAUCCUGGAGCAGGGGCCGCUGCUGGCCGAGCACGCCACCCUGCUCUUCUACCAGCUCCUCCGAGGCCUCAAGUUCAUCCACUCGGCGAACGUGCUCCAUCGUGACCUGAAGCCCGCCAACGUUUUCAUCAAUACCGAACAGCUGCUGCUGAAGAUCGGCGACUUUGGGCUGGCACGCAUCGUAGACCCACACUACUCGCACAAGGGCUACCUCUCUGAGGGCAUGGUGACUAAGUGGUACCGCUCCCCUCGCCUCCUGCUCUCCCCAAACAAUUACACCAAGGCAAUCGACAUGUGGGCCGCCGGCUGCAUCCUCGCCGAGAUGCUGACAGGACACACACUCUUUGCAGGUUCUCACGAGCUGGAGCAGAUGCAGCUAAUUCUGGACACGGUGCCCGUACUGAGGGAGGAGGACAGGCAGGAGCUGCUCAAAGUCAUGCCCUCUUACGUCAGCCACGGCUGGCAGGUCAGGAGAUCGCUGCGGGAGCUGCUGCCCGAGGUGGAGGAUGAAGCUGCCGACUUCCUGGAGCAGAUCCUGACCUUCAACCCUAUGGACCGUCUGACCGCAGAGGCGGCUCUGUCUCACCCCUUCCUCAGACGCUAUUCCUGUCCCCAAGACGAGCCUGUAUCCAUGCAGCCCUUCCGCAUAGAGGACGAGCUGGAGGACAGCCUGGUCAGCGAAAACAGCUACCCGCACAGCAGCCGCUGGGACAGCCUUUCUUCAGACCUGUGCUGGCAGCAGCAGGAGCAGUGCGGGUGUAUGCAGAGCAUGUCUGAGCAGGGGGAGGCCGAGGUGCAGCGAGACCCUCGAGCCAAUUCAGCCUCCCUCAUCGAGGAGGCUCAGGUGGACCCUCGCAAGUACUCCCACAGCAGCUCGGCCGAGCGCUUCCUGGAGCAGUCCCACUCCUCCCUGGACCGAGCAUGUGGGCACUACAUGGAGCUGGACUGCGGCCACUCCUGCGACUACAAAGUGGGCUCUCCGUCCUACCUGGACAAGAUAGCCUGGCGGGAGGGGAAGCCCCAGCACUAUUCUGAACCCAAGCUGAUACUGGACUUGUCUCACUGGAAGCGCAAUAUCCUGCCAGGGCCCAGUGGGGGCAGUGCUGAACAACUUCCUCCAGAGGAACCAGGAGACUUGUUCCAAGAGAUCUCACGGUGGGUGGAAAGCACACAGUCAGGCCUUCACUCUCCUGGUUCGCCUCAGGAACCUCCCGCCUCCCCAUGUUCUCCUCCUUUACCACUUUCCCCAACUAUGCUCCCUCAUCCCCUCACUGAAAUGGGACCACCUUCAAUGCUGCACACUUCCGAUCUUCUCCACCAGCACAGCCGGAGAAGCCCGUCUCCCUUCUUCACUUCUCCUCCUUCUCUCCAACCCUCCUCACCUUCCUCUCCCACUCCAGACCCAUCCAACCCUUUUCAAAGCAAUCCGGAAUCUUCUCCACAGCCCAACCCUGGAGAAGACCACUCUCCAUUUGACUUGGACGUGUUCAUCUCACAAGCACUAAGACUCUGUAGUCAAAGCGACGAAUCCGAUGCUUCCAAGCAAGGUAACGUAAGCUGUGCUUCGGGCUUCUCGGACCACAAACCCUCGUCCAGAGCUCAAACCUCAACGCCAGAGAUGCUCAAAGCUCAAGGCUGUCACAAAGAACCCUGGUAGAUAAGAGUGACGUAAGAAAGCAUGAUGUGGGACCUACAGUAGGUUCCAUAAUUUGAUGAGAUUGAGAUCGCUUAGUGCUGCUCUUACAAGGCUGCAUCGAUUGAUGAAUGUGUGACUUGCUCCUGUAAGUAAUAAGACAAACCACUGACUGCUGUUUCUGGAAUGCUGAUCGUGAGUCUGUACUGAAAACAUGUCUUCUGAAUGUAGUUUCAUGGCUCUUCUUAAGGUCCUUUUAAAAGGAUCCUGAUAAGGAUAUUCUGAAUUUCAGAAUUUCCACCAGUUUUUCUUAAUAAAACUUCAUACACACUGCAGAGGAGUUGCUUUUUAUACAGCUGUAUUCUUCACCUUUGCAAUACACUAAAGAGGUUUGUUCGUCUGUUGGAUGACUAUUUACAAUGUUUUCACUCAA